UGAGUAGCUCAUCGUGUGUGCAGGCAAAAAUGGAAUAUUCAGAAGAACCCAUGGAGUUUACACUAGAGAGAAAGAUAAAACACUACAGCAACCACCACAAGAUAUUGCUUGUGGGUGAGGGAGAUUUCUCUUUCUCCAAGUGUCUGGCAAAUGCUUUUGGCUCUGCUUCUAAUAUCACUGCCACUUCUCUUGAUUCUCAAGCAAGCUUAAUGUGCAACUACACGGAUGCAACCGCUAACAUAGAGGAACUUAAGCUCUUGGGUUGCACCAUUCUACAUGAAGUGGACGCCUCCAUCAUGCUAUAUGAUUACAGACUUAACCACACCACAUUUGACAGGAUUGUUUUCAAUUUUCCUCAUUGCGGUAUUUUUCAAGAGAACAAUGCAUCUGUUAUCGAGCUCCAUAAGGGUGUGGUGAGGGGAUUUCUGCGGAAUGCAAUAGCCAUGUUGGCACCCAAUGGUCAAGUUCACAUCACACACAAAAUAGAAGAGCCUUACAAUAGGUGGGGAAUCAUGGAGUUGGCUGAGCAAACAGGGUUUUGCUUGCUGGACAUUUCAGGGUUCUGUCCAUGGGAAUAUGCAGGCUAUGUGAACAAAAGAGGAGCAGGUUCCAAAUGUAAUGAGAGCUUCCCUGUUGGACUAUCAGCUACCUUCAAGUUUGUAAAAGCUUAAUUACUACCAGUUUUCUAUUAGUAUGAAGCUUA